AUGUCAACUCCGUCUAUAUUUUCUUAUGAGGAAGAUUAUGAAUCUAUACAUAGAGAAGAGUAUGAACCAAUGUAUGAGAAAGAGCAUGAACCAAUAUAUGAGGAAGAUCAUGAACCAAUAUAUAAGAAAGAGUAUGAACCAGAGUUACAAUUAGAUGAAUCUGAAGUUAGUGAAUCAUCACAAAAGUUAGCAUACCAGCAUGGAACGACAUCAAAUCUUAAAAGGCACCUUAAUUCUCACAAGACCAAAGUACCUGAAUUAAAAAAAUUAAAUAUAAAAGAAGGCAUCUCAGUUAUUAUAAAAAAAAAUCGACCAUUUCAAAUUAUUGAAGAUACUGAACUUAGAUCAAUAUUUACAUAUCUAAAACCUGAUGCAAUAGCACCUUCAGCUGAUCUAAUUAAACAACAUAUUGUGUCUGAUUUUGAGAAAGAAUAUAUGCGAUUAUGUGAAAAAUUACAAAAAAUUCCUAGUGGUGUUGCAUUAACAACUGACAUAUGGACAACCGAUACUAAUGACAAGUUCUUUAUGGCAGUUACUAUUUAUUAUAUAAAUGAUUCAUGGAAAUUAAAACAUAUUUUACUUGAUUUUAUUCAUAUAAGUGGGCCAUAUACAGGAAUCAUAAUUUCAGAUGCAAUGCAUGAAUGUUUUACAACAAUGGGUAUUAUUACAAAACUAGUAGCUAUUACACGUGAUAAUGCAUCAUCUAAUAAUAAGUUUUUAGAAGAAUUUUCAAAUUCAUUAUCACAAUCUGGCUUUCAAUUCGAUACAAUUGUAUUACAAAUGGCACUAGAUUCUAUGGCAUUGAUGAAAGUAGACUUACAACAAUAUAUUCUUAAUGAUAAUGAUUGGAAAAAAAUUAAACUUUUUAUUAAAGUUUUGCAACUAUUUAAAGAAACAACAGUUAUUAUGUCAUCUUCUAAUUAUCCAACAUUAUUGAUGUCAGUUUCUUUAUAUCAUAUAUUACUUAAAAUGCUUAAAGAAACCCAGCAAAUGAACAAUAUACUGCAAUGUCUCAUGCAAGGAUGUGAAGCUGCAACUUCUAAACUUUUGAAUUAUUGUUAUAAGACAAAUAUAUUUCAUCUUGCAGCAAUAGUACUAGACCUAAGACUUAAAUUUAACUAUUUUGAAGAGCUUGAAUGUCAAGAUAUAGAAGAUUUAAUUGCUGAGCCAUUUGCAACAAAUAUAAUGUCACAAAUCUAUAAAAGAGCACAUAUUGAAUGGCAAAGUGAACUAGAUAUAUACUUUAUGAUGCCACAUGCAGAUCCACAAAUAGAUAUUCUAAAAUGGUGGUGA